GGGAUAGCAUUUCAUUCUUCACAAUCACAAAACCAGGUUGAUACUACAUCUUUGUCAGGGGGGCGGAAAAGCCUUUGAAACCCGUCUUACUGCUCGUCUCCCCCCCUACCUCAUUGUUUCCGAGAAGGACGCCGUGCAGCGUCUCCAAUGGCGUACAAGGUGAAAGGGUUCUUCAAGGGCCUCAAGGUCAUCUCCCGGAUCUUCGUGGUGAAGGAGCACGAGAUGGAGAUCGGUUAUCCGACGGACGUGAAGCACGUCGCGCACAUCGGCUGGGAUAGCGCGGCGGGGAAUGCUUCUCCAAGCUGGAUGAACGACAUCAUGGCAUCCCCCAAUUUCUCGUCCUUGGGCAACUUUGCUGCGUCCACAGGGGCUACAUGGGCCUCUCAAGAUUUUGGCGCGGUUUCAGAGACCACCGGCCGGCGGGAAUCGGCUAGUUGCCCCGACGUUCCAGGGCCUCUGGGGAAGCCGAGGGGGAAGAAGCCGGAGGACGGAUCGCCAACCGCGCCGUCGACGUCCAUGGACGAGCUGGCGUCACCACCGCCAGCAGAGGCCGCCGAGGCUGCCGACGGCGCUGCUGCAGAUGGCACGCGAUGAUCUACUAAACCGUGUUCCGGUCUUUUUCUUAUUGUCGUGUAGGCAAUGGCAACGAUUGUAUUUCUCGACUUUCUUUGUGUCAGCUGGAGAUGGUAUUGAGAUUGGAUUGCAGAUGAAAAUGGAACGAAUGCAACGACUUUUUUUUUGAGAGAGGAAGAAUGCAACGAAAUGGAUUGUUUGUUUGUUGAC